AUGCACUUCUGCCUGAACUUUCUGCAUGCCUUUCCAACAAUCGAGGCGCGUGAUAAACACUAUGCAUACUGCAAAGACAAUGAAGCGGUCAAAAUCACGAUGCCAAGUGAGAAGGAAAAAUGGUUAUCCUACCAAUACAGUCAAUGCCAAUUCAAGGUCCCAUUUAUAAUCUGUUUGGACUUUGAAAGCUUAUUGAUACCAAUGAAAGAGAAUGCUCGGGAUACUAAGACCAAGACGCUGAAUAAGCAUGUACCAUGCGGGUGGGCCAUAUACUCCACUUUCGCAUAUGGAGAAGUGCCAGACCCCCUAACAGUAUACAGGGGCGAGGACUGUGUAAAACGCUUUGUAAACCACCUGGAGGAUGAGGUAAAACGGCUCUACGCUACAUUCCCACAGACGCGUAUGACGGAACUGACGGAGGAUCAGAAGAAUGCAUAUGAUGCUGCUGAAACAUGUCAAAUAUGCAUGAAGCCAUUCAACGAUGUAAAAAGGAUACCAAACCAUGUACCAGUCAUGUUUCACAACCUAUCAGGUUACGAUGCCCACUUGUUCAUCCGUAAGCUCGAUGAAAAAUACGACACCCAAGAUAUCGGCUGCAUCGCUGAGAAAACCGAGAAAUAUAUAUCAUUCAAUGUGAAGAUCAAGAUCCCAAUAGCGGGUAUGGGGUACGGUGACGGUGAAUUUUACAAAAAGAUUGAAAUAAGAUUCAUUGAUAGUUGCCGAUUCAUGGCAUCCUCAUUGGAGAUAUUGGCAAGUAACCUUAUUGGUACGAACACGGCAGGUAUGAAAUGCCAGCAGUGUGCAGAUACAUGCUUGGAAUUUAAGAACAUCGAUUAUGAGUAUGUAGGAAGAUUGUGGUGUAAAAAUUUUGACUCUGAUACCACGAAGCAGUUAAACAAGGAUCAGGUAAAGGCUAAUACACCAGUCAUGAGCUACUACUUUAGCAAUGAUGAGUUAUUCCGGCUCAUGCUUCGAAAAGACAUAUAUCCCUACGAAUACAUGAAUGGUUGGCGAAGAUUCGAGGAUACUGAGCUUCCACCUAGAGAGGUCUUCUAUAGCAAUUUAAAUAUUAAGGGAAUAAGCGAUCACGAUUAUGCUCAUGCUCAGAAGAAUUUUCGGGGAGUGUGCCACGCUAAUUAUGCGCUCGGUCCUGUUCAUUACUAUAGCGCACCCGGCUUAGCAUGGAAAGCCGCAUUCAAGUACACGAAUAUCAAGCUGGAGCUCUUAACAGACCCCGACAUGCUCCUCAUGUUCGAGAAGGGUAUAAGAGGUGGUAUAACGCAGAGUGUUCACAGGUACGCGAGGGCCAACAACAAAUAUAUGGGUGAUCAAUAUGAUCCUGAUAAGGAGUCGUCAUACUUAAUAGUUAGUCGUCAUAACAAUCUUUAUGGCUGGGCCAUGCAACAACCCCUCCCAACCCAUGGCUUCAAAUGGGUGUCGAAUAUUGAGGUUAUCAAUGAAAAGAAGAUCGAGAAGCUCGUUGCUGACAACAAGCAUGGCUACCUCCUGGAGGUCGAUGUUGAUUACCCGAAGGAUUUACACGACAAGCACGACGAGCUACCCUUCCUGCCGGAGCGUAGGAUGAUUCACAGAGUUGAAAAGCUCAUACCAAAUCUCGAGCAUAAACGGAAGUACGUAGUUCAUAUUGCAGCUCUUUAUCAAGCUCUGAAACAUGGGCUUGAGCUUAACAAGGUCCACCGCGCUUUACCAUUUAAACAAAGCGCGUGGCUGCGAGGUUAUAUUUAUCACAACACGAAGCUGAGAACUGCCGCCAAAAAUGAUUUUGAAAAGGAAUUUUAUAAACUAAUGAACCUGUCAGUGUUUGGAAAGACCAUGGAAAACAUCCACAAUCACCGCAAUAUUAAGUUAGUAACCAAUGAAGCAGCCUAUACGAAGCUGACCAUGCAACCAAACUUUAAAAGCGGCACUUGCUUCAGUGAGAACCUCAUGGGUAUUGAGAUGGGUAGGACGGGUAUUAAGAUGAACAAACCCGUGUAUAUUGGUCAAGUGAUUCUGGAUCAAUCAAAAACCGUCAUGUACAACUUCCACUAUGAAUUUAUGAAGCCAAAGUACGGUAGUGUGGGCUUGAUGAAGAAUGAACUUGGGGGUAAGAUCAUUACGCAUUUCAUAACACUUAAGCCUAACUCUUAUGCAUACAAAGCAUUAACGAAAGAGGGUGAUGAUCGAAAAGCAAAGGGUGUGAAGAGGGUCGUGACUAAAAAAUGUAUCACUUUCGAAGAUUACGAAACUGAUGACAAAAGGAUUGUACAAGCUGAUCAAAUAACAACGCUUGCACGAGAGGCUGUUGAUCAACCUAUAGAUAAGCGUCAAGUUCUUUUGCCGAAAAAAUGUAGCGAAGGUUUCCUGGACAAAGCAUCACCUGAGAAGGCUAUAGCCAACGUGGUAACCUUCGAUAGCCCUGAAGGUUCGAGAAGAGACAUAGAGGAAGAUCCUGUUAUUAGGGAGAGCAUGGCUGACCUGGGUAUAUUGGUUUACACAGCCUUUGGUCGAUUCCUCGCAACCUUGUUGGUGGUUGCGCACACAGUUAACCACACCCAGCUCUCAAAGUCCAAAAUGAAUGAAAAUAAGGUUGAUAUAGAACAAGAAAACAAUGGGGAAUACUCUAUCAAAGAUAUGCAAUGGCAAUCGUGA